AUGGCUUCUAUUGUUGAAUUCUACAUUGCGUGCAACCCGCCUCUGCUCCCUCGGGGCGUGUCAGAAGUGAUCCGACGUGUCCAGGACGCCGAGGGCCUGUUGGAAAUACUGUACGAACCUCAUGUCCCAUGGUUCAAAUGCAUCGCGUUGCCCAAUCAGAGACAACAAAUUACCGCCGCCGUGCAGGACAACUUGUUCGCCAUUGCGGAAGAGGACGUUGAUACCCUCGACAUCGAGGAGAAAGCAGACGGCGACAUUUCCAUCAUCUCCGGCGAUCCGCGCAUGACGCCUUGGUUCGAAUACCAGAGCAAGGGAAGUAACGCGUAUGAAUUUGCCGACGGCGAUGUGUUCCCAGAGCCCAUCGCCGAAGCCAAGGCUGCUCGGGAGAUGCGUCGUGCUGUGCGGUGGCGAUAG